AUGUUUGAGCAUUGGUGGCGGAGCGGGCACCAAUCAGUGGUGACUAUUCCAGGUGUGCGCGAAAAUCUAGGCUGGAAAUUUAAGGCGAGGGAGCUCGGAGCCGACGCCAUCGUGGUCUUCAGCUGCCCCACAUGGGCCACAUCUGCAGGAACCAGUUUGAAGAACCUAAGCGAGAUAGCCAAAUUUGGAAUACUUGCAAAUCGAGCAACUAUUGUCGAGACAGGAGGCCCAAACACCGAAAGGCUAGAUAAAGAGGCACAUUUCCCAUCGGAAAUUCUUCCAGACAGCAAAGACAAUCACAAUCAUUUCAAAGGUCUUCAGUUUCCAUUGGACAGAAUCAUCACAAUGGCUCCUUCCACAAUGUCAGCUUCCUCCCCUGUUACCAGAAAGCGAAAGGGUCUUGCUGACUCUCCCAGCAGCGCAACGGAUAAUACCAGUGCCAUAGCCAACGCCAAGGCUGUCGUUGUUGCCAACGGCACCAACGGCACCAACGGCAAUGGUGUCUCUAAGACUAGCAAGGUGUCAAAGGAUAUUGUUACCAGCCAGACUGUCUUGAACGUGAAGUCCAAGACAGAGAUGAGAAUCCAGACCGAAAUUCGCGAGUUCAACUGCGUGAAGCAUGUAAAGCCAGCCGACUUUCCCGAGGUGAUCAGCGCUUUGCCAUUCCCCGAGGAGCUUAGUGGAUUGGUUGCCUGGACUGAUGCCUUUGUCGAGCGACUGGGCUCGAUAGCCAUGGCGGAGAAAGAGCAAACUACUUUCCAACGGAGCACCAUUGACCGUAUCAACAAAGAGAAAUCCGAUCUCCACGCCCAGAUUGCGAAACUCAAGGCCGAAAAUCACCGCCUCGUUGACGCGAAAACUCACUUGCAAAGCGAGAAUUCUCAGCUCAAUGCUCGUAACAGCUUCCUUGAGAAGCAACACCAAGACGAUGUCAAGCAGAUCUCGAUCUGGGAGAAGAAGAGCCAUAAGGAUGUCGCUAAGAUCUGUGCCCUGAUUCACAAGAAUGAGGGUUUGGAGAACAGCAUCAAGAGUCUAAAGGCGACGAUCCAAAGACACAUUGACCAUCACAAAGGAGACGAGGCAUCGCGCACGGCCUUGCUGGAAGUUUUCAAAGCUUGGGUGAUUGCCGAAGAAGAAGAAGACCGAAAGCGAGAUGAGGAAAAUAGAAGCCUGAGCACGCAACUUGAGGCCCAGCGCACUGCCACAAAGGAGGCCAUCGCGGCUCUGGACGCCGCUAAGCUAAGACUUCAGGAACUCGAGGAAAAGAAUGCGGGUCUCGUUACCAAGUCUGCGCAGUAUGAAGAGCUCAUCAAGACGCUCCGCGAGCAGCUGCUUGCCUCUGAGGAAAAGUACCGAGUCGCAGAGGCUGGAAGAGUGACUCUGCAAGGAACGUGCGAGGGAUUGAACCAAAAGCUAGCAAGUUCCUUGAAAGAGAAUGAGAAUCUCCUUCUGCAAUUGCAUGAUGCGCAGUUGAAAAUCGUGGCAGCCAAAGACGAGGUGCGCAAGGCAGAGGAUCAUGCCAAGAAGCACUGGCACGUUCUUGAGUCCAUCCGUGUUGAGGGCAGUUGGGCUCGGACUGACGAGGGUGAUGAUUGUGAGACGUUGCUGGCGCCACACAUUAUCUACUGCCCUGCUGGCGAAAAGUUUUCUGAGACCAUCCCUACCCAGACCACUGUCGCUAUGGCUGAGCCCGUCGCUGAUGUCCAGAACCCAGUCACCAACUAG